GGGGCAUUCAUCCACGACGUGAGUCGUUUCGUGGACCAAAAUGAACCAAUAGCCGCUGUCACCGCAUGACACUGAACACAGGAACUCAUCCCAUCCUCUCUCAUCAUCAUCAAUCUCAAGCGUUCCUCAACUGAAGGGAAAAUGCCGCGCUGUCUCGUAUGUCAGUACGACCCCAUCGACGCCAUGCUCGUGGCCGUAGAAAGAGAGCACGAAGCUAGAAUAGAGAAUCUCGGUAAUAGCCCAGUCGUCCUUUCAGAUGACGACGACAACAGAGUCAGUAGUCCGCCUUUCGUAAUACCUGAAACGGACGACGACGAAUCCCUAGAUGGACAUGACAAUGCAGACGAAUUGCUCAUGUGGGAAGGGGAUCAGUCGUAUGCAGAUUUCAUUCCUCUGUCUGGUAGGGUUCGAGAUGAAUCACCAGAUGCAAGCCCAGAAUUUCGAAACGACGCUGAGCCUGUCCAGGGUCGUAGAAUCGUUGAAUUGAGAGAACACGUCGUAGAGAAUCAUCCCUCCGUCACGGAGAGACGAUUCCUUCCUUUCUUUGUCACAGAUGAGGCAUUUGACGGAACGGCUACUAGGUACACGCUUCUCUGUUCCCCGCACGACGACAACGUCGACGAUUUGCGACUCUAUCUACCGAGCAUAGCUCCAGUAAUCACGCGCGUCCUCGAAGCAUAUCCCAUGCCUUUCAAAUUUUGUCUGUGCUCGAAAGCGCUCAUGGUUAAGGACGGAGCCGACGGGUUGACUUCUCAUCUCCUUCACGUGAACCUUCACAUGAGAGUGGUUCAUAACCGUCAAGAAAUCGAAGGCGCGAUAAAUGCUGCUAUCGCAGAAUCCUCGCAACGCGUAGAAAACUAUGCGAGAGAAGGGUCUGGUUUCACCUCGAACGACGUCCAAUGUGUCGACUUAAAACUAACGCGUUUGAAACCGAAGCGGAUUGGGUGCACGAUCGAGCUUCCCGAAAUGUUGAAGAAAAAAACAAAGACUCUCACAAACGUCAAACUUCCACCGAAUCACGAAAACGAGUGUUUCAAGUACAGCGUGCUGGCACUCUUGCAUCCGUUGAGGAGCAAACCAAACCUUCAUGUUAGAUACCACAAAUACAUGAAUCCUUCGAAUCCGGAGACGCGCGUAACGUACUGGCCACCCUGCUUCCCAGUCACUUACGAAGACAUUGCCCUGUGGGAGAGAAAAAACAAAAUCUCCGUGUACAUCUACGUGUUCGACGAGCAGACGAGUUCGAUAUCUACCGGACGGGUUCCCUGCACGCUCUAUCAGGACAAAGUCCACCUGCUCGAGGUUAGGGAGCAUUUCUAUGGGAUCCGAAAAUUUAGCACUUUCAUGGGGCGAGGUGACUAUUUUUAUUGCGAGAAAUGCACGAGCGGUUAUAGGACGAGAGGGGCGUUGGAGCAGCACGAACGUUUGUGUCGAGACGUAAACGAAGUAAUUCUCGAAAUGCCAAAAGCGGGGGAGAGCGUUUCCUUCACCAAGAUACAGUACAUGCAUCCCUAUCCCUAUUUCGCGGUGUUGGACACGGAAAGCAUGCUGGAAAAGGACGCGCUCGUUAAGGACGCCUCGAGUGUGCACAGGAUGAGCUCGUAUAGCAUUGUGCUAGUGAGAAGUUGUGAUGGGAAAAUAAUGGACGUAGAUGGCUAUUUGGGACCCAACGCGGCAGAAAAAUGCUUGCUCUCGCUCAAGCGAUUUAGCGAACAAAUCGAUAGGCUGAACCGUCUUCCCUCACCGUUGGUCAUGAGUAUGGAAGACCACUUUCGGCACGCGAGCGCUACGCACUGCGAAUUUUGUGGAAUCGAAUUUAACCGACAUACGCGGAAGGUGUCGCAUCACGACCACACCCGUUUCGUAGACCCCGGUUCCUCGAAUUUUGUCGCGACGCUGUGUGAUACGUGUAACCUUACGUGUCGUAACACCAAAGAACUCGUCGUGUGCGUGCACAACCUGCAGUACGAUUUGAGCUCCCUUCUCCGCCACAUGCACGUUCUAAAUCUGGGCGAACCGUGGAUCUUAGCUUCGAGCUCGGAAAAGAUAAGAGGGUUCAAUAUUGGAGAUCUCCAUUUCCGCGAUACCACGCAGUUUUUCAACCUGUCCUUGUCGAACCUGGUGGAAACCCUUCUCGCCAGCGGUGGCGAGAGUGCGUUUCAUUGUACCCGUCAAAUGUUUGGUGACCGUUUCCGACGGCUUCUCAAGAAGGGAAUUUACCCGUACACCUUCGUCGGCAGUUUCGAAGCGUACAAUUUGCCCGCACUACCGCCAAAGGAAGCUUUCAAAAGUGACCUGAACGAUGAAGAGAUCACGGACGAGGACUAUCAGUACGCCCUCGAGAUUUUCGAAUUGUUCAAAUGCAAGAACCUAGGAGAUUACACGCGUCUCUACGUCACGCUCGACGCCUGUCAGCUCUGCGACGUCGUACUGUAUUUCAGGAAGAUUGCGCUAGAGACGGAUGGGAUGGAUAUCUUACGUGCCAUGUCCCUCGCCAGUUACGCGUGGAGCAGCGCUCUGAAGCUCACCAAUGUCAAACUCGAGCUCAUAAGCGACCAAGAGAUGUACGAAACGAUCGAGAAGGGAAUCAGGGGAGGCAUUUGUAACAGCUUCCACAGAUACUGUCGGGCUAAUCACGAGGGGUGCGACGAUUACGAUCCCCAGCAAGAAAAGACUUUUAUCCAGUACCUCGACGUGAACAGUUUGUACCCGUACGCGAUGACUUUCCAUCUCCCAACAGGAGGUUUUGAGUGGGUCGAUCCUUCGAGGUGGAGCGAGAUCGAUUUUCUCAACAUUCCUCACGAUUCGGAAGUGGGUUACGUCUACGUAGUAGACUUGUCGUAUCCCGAAGAACUGCACGCGCUCACCAGGGAUUUUCCCCUGGCACCCGAACACAGGUACGUGGACGAGAACGAACUGUCCCCCUACCAACACCACCUGAAAGAUGCGUUGUCGCUGAACGCCCCUCCCACCAAGAAACUCUUGCUGACGUGCCACGACAAAGAACGCUAUGUCGUUCAUUAUGCAUUGCUCGCUCUGUACGUGAGGCUGGGCAUGAAAAUAAAACGUGUUCACAACAUCCUCUCGUUCCACCAAGACAACUUUUUGCGAACCUUCGUGCAGAGAAACGUCGCGUUGAGGAAUGCCGCGACCACGAAAUUUGAGCGACUUCUGUACAAAACCAUGUCGAACAGCACGUUCGGUAAGUCGAUACAAAAUGUGAGACGCAUGAAAAGGUACGCUAUAGCCUACGACAAAGAAAGCGCGCUCCGAAAAGCUAGCUCCGUCGACAGUCAGCAUUUUCACAUUCUGAGUGAUAAGUGCAUCUUAUACGAGAUGAAGCAACGCCGCAUCAAAUGCACGCACCCCCUUUACGUGGGCUUUGCCAUUCUUGAAAUAUCCAAAGUCCGAAUGUACAGCUUCAUCUACGAGUCGCUCUUUUCUCGCUUGACAUGUCCAGUGCAAUUGAUCUAUAGCGACACGGACAGCAUAAUUUUUUCUCUCACGUGUGAAAGCCUGGAAGAGCAGCUGAUGAAGAUUGAGAGUGAGUUAGAUCUAUCUUCCUAUCCGCCGGACCACCCACUUUUCAACGACGAGCACGCGAACCAGAUGGGGUUCUUCAAAGACGAGACGGGGGGUGGAGUUAUUCAGGAAGUCGUAGCCAUCCGAGCGAAAAUGUACAGCAUUCUCUUGGCUGGGUCACACAAACAGAUCGCGAGAGCGAAAGGAGUUAAGAAGGGCGUGGUGAGGAAACAUUUAUUGCACGAAGUGUACCGAGAUUCUCUGUUCAAUGAAAAGGCGGUCUCUCAGAAGCAGUGCACCAUCCAGAGUAUAAAGCAAACGAUGUACACCAUUUCGAGACUCAAGAAGAGCUUGGUCCCCUACGACGACAAGCGCUAUCUCGUGGAUGCCGUACACUCCUUCCCUUAUGGGAGCUGCGAAUACGCAACGGAAAACCCGGAAGAGAGCCCGAGAGCGUCGUCGUCAGGCAUCGAGUAACCGCGGAACAAAGAGCUGCACGCGCAUGUAAUCGAGAAUAAAAGUUCUAGUCGAGACAUGCUUCUCUCUCUCUCUCUCGCAGACAGGAGAAGUACGGGUCAUCGUGGCAGUGUGGUAGCGGAAUGGGUGUACGAAAAGAAUUACCAUUCCGUCAUCGUGCUGGUGCAGUGACCCGCGCAAUGACGACGCUGCGAUGAAGAUACCCCAUAUCCUUUCUCUUGAGGCAAGUCAGGGAGGGUGCAGGCAUCUAUCGACCAAGUCCUUUGUAUGUAUUCAAUAAAGAUGUUUCAGUGAAAGAGCACACAGAGUCUCGUCAAAGUUAUUCGGACUGUUUAAUGCGUUGCAUGUCAAUAACCAAGCGGUAUUUCAAUAAAUCAGUGACAAAGUUGGCGAUGUAGACUGCUUGCAAAUGUCGCUGCUUCCGUAGAGCGUGCUUAAUAUGAGCGAUGGCACGAGCGAGAAGGUCCACGAUGUCUGCAGCGAUGUAGUUGAAUUCUGCGUUGGACAAGCUCACAAAUUCGCUCAUUAGUCCCAGGGGUCCGUCCGGAACCGUUAUGCAGACGUUCUUGUAACGGGCGUAAAUUCGACGCACCAUCUCCUGCAGCGGCCCCGGCGAGAUCUCUCCUAUAUUGCCAAAGCCUACCAUGUCUAUCACGUAGCGAAAAGCAGUGAUGACGAGCUCGUUGCGGGGACUUUCGCCGUUGAAACAUUCCUUCUCCACUUCUUCCCAAGAAGCGUGGGUGCGGGAACAAUUUUGUAAAGAGUGGUAGCUGAACAUCUUCACGUAGUGAUGACGCGAGCGCGGUGCGCCCUGCCUUUAUAGAGAUAAACGCGCGCGCGCGCAAAGAACGGAGAAUGAAAGCGAAACUGAAAAGCCACCCGUCGCCGCUAGGAGCGCGCGCGCAGCAGCAGAGAGCCGAAACCGAAAACACCCGCGGCCGGCGCAGGGGGCGCUAGGAGCGCGCGCGCGCGCAUGCGCGGACGGGUGGAGCAGAGGGCGCGCGCGCGUCGCCUCUCUCAGUUUCUCUCGGACCGUCGCGGAAGACGGACGUGCGCUCCGCGCGCUCGCUCAGUUGCUGGCUGGAUCUCGUAGGGAGCAGACGUGUUGUUCUCCGCGCUCGCUCAGUUUCUGCCUGGAAGUUGCCGCGGGGGAAAAGAGCUAUGAUGGUGGCGCCAUCUGGUGUGAUGCCUUGCAACUAAGUGGCCACCUGUCGUCGAUCUCUGCAACUACCCGACGUCAACAAGCACUGGUCACCCCGGAGCCGUUUCUUCGCCGCGGCAUCGUUGAUUUUCGAAUAAAUUGUUUCUCUCCACUCUA